AUGGCGAAGCAGAAGAAGCAACGUGAUGAUCAAGCGGGCCAUUCCGCCAACGACGACGCCGCGCGCCACGCCCCAGCUCAGACGGAUGCGCGCUUCGCCAGGCUGCACACCGAUCCCCGCUUCUUGCGCCCUGCAGCGCACACCAGCAAAGUCGUGCUGGACAAUAGAUUCGCCCACUUGCUCAAGCCUGACAGCCGUAGCAGCAGCAAUGGCUCAUCCAACAAGCACCGCGUCGACAAGUUUGGGCGCAAAUUGAGUCAGCGCGAUGAGCAGGAAGACUUGGCCAGAUUCUACACUCUGAAUGAGCGCGAUGGUGAUGGUGGUGGUGAUGAGGAGGAAGAGCAGGAGGAGAGCGAGGAAAGCGAUGGUGGUGCAGCCGUCGACUAUGCUCGCGGGGAAGGCUUGCUGGACAGCAGCGAGGAAGAGGACAGCGACGAGAAUGAUCGAGAAGUACGAGACACGGACGAUCAAGACAGCCUCAGCUCCAGCGACGACUACGAUGGCGUACUCCUUGGCAGAGCAGAUGCCAGGCGAAGAGCUAAGAAAUUGGCAAAGCAGCAGCGACAGCAGCGGCAGCAGCGGCAGCAGCCUCAAGAUGGGCAGAGCGAGAGCGAUGACGAGGGGCAUCACGACAUUCUGGACAUUGACAGCGAGGAUGCCAGCCGAACUGCAGGUGCCGCCAUCGCAGCCAACGCCAAACUGAGCAAAAAGGCGCUGCGCAGCAUCGAUCAGCUCUCCUUGGCCAAUCAGCGCGCUCAACAAGAGGCAGAAGAGGAGCAAGUGAAUGGUGGUGGCAACAGCAGCAGCAGCAGCAGCAGACAGCGUCCACGUGAUGCUGACAAUGUCCCUCGUGCAGGCUCCAAAAUCCUGAGGGGCGAUGCUACUCGACGAUUGGCCCUCGUCAAUCUCGACUGGGAUCACGUCAAGGCCAUUGACCUGCUCAUGAUCUUCACCUCCCUCGUCAGUCCAACAUCCACCCGAGAGGCUGGCGUAGCCCUGCUGGCCGAUGUCGCUCAGGGCGGCGACAGUGGGAAGGACGGUCGCGCUAGCAGGUCCAGCACGAUGCCGGUCAAGGGCCGCAUCCUCAAUGUUCGCAUUUAUCCCAGCGAGUUCGGCCAAGAGCGCAUGGAAAAGGAAAACAGAGAAGGUCCUCCUCGCGAAAUCUUCAAGCAGGUUAGCGACGUUCCAUCAGGCAGCAGCUCGAAAAAGUCUCGCAAGCGUGCAGAAGACGAGGACGAGGAGGAAGAGGAGGACGAAGAUGACAUUUGGAACGUGGACGAAGGAGGCGAAUUUGACGAAGAGAUGCUUCGACGCUACCAGCUGCAAAGAUUGCGGUGAGUAUGUCUGUGUGGCGCUGAUAUGGUGCACGAGACGAUCUGACUCGCCAUGAUCAUCUGCAGCUACUACUACGCGGUCGCAACCUUCUCCUCGGCUGCCGUGGCCCAACAUGUAUACGACGAGCUGGAUGGGUCGGAAAUGGAAAAGACAGCAAAUGUGUUCGACUGCCGCUUUAUCCCUGAAGAGUUGGAUUUUCCCAAUCACCAAGGUGGCGUCGACGGGUGGCGAGACGAGGCCAACGAAAACACCCAUGCCUCGUUGAGCACCUACAAGGGCGUGGACUUUACCACCGCUGUGAGGACUGAUCGCUUGCUCGCUCGCUGUCUUGUCCAAUCCUGUGUGUGUGCUGACAUGCUGCCUUGGCCACUCGCGCAGGCGCUUCGUCACUCCAAAGUCAAGCUGACGUGGGAUGCUGAUGACGCGUCUCGAUCCAAGAUCACCCGCGCCGCGCAGAGGGAGUUGAGCAAGACGGAGCUGAGAGACGAGGAUUUCAAGGCGUACUUGGCUUCGGGCUCGGAAGACGAAGGCGAUAGCGCGACACCGGCGCAAGAAGAGGACGCACGAGCCAAAGCUCGUUUCAGAGCACUCAUGGGCCUCGAUCAAGAGGAUGCAGGCGGUGCGAGGCGCAAAGGACAGACGCAUCAGGUGUUUGACGACUAUCGGGAACCCGAUACGGAGCAAGGAGACAUGCAAAUCACAUUUAUGCCUGGCUUGUCGGAAGCUGCUGCGAAAAAGGCGAGCGGGGCUAGGAAAGGGCCCGAGGACGAGACGACGUUGGACAAGUACAGGCGAAAGCAAAAGGAGAAGAAGGCCAAGAAGAAGACGGGCAUGCAGGAAGAGCUGGCGGAGCAAGACGAGACGCCCGAGGAUGAGGCCAUCACUUUUGACGAUCCUUUCUUUGCGGGCGGGGAUGAGGAUGAUGAUUUCGCUGCAGCGCUUGCUGCUGAAGAAGGGCGCGGCGUAGGCUCGUCGGAGGAGAAGAAGAAGAAGAAGAAGAAGAAGAGAGCAAAUAGUAAGCGGCCAAAAGAUGCAAGCGAUGAGGAUGGCAAAGAAGAGCAAAGGCGCAAAGCGGAGCUUCAACUCAUGGUCGAUUCGGAUUCGGAUGGCGGUGGUCAGGGUCACUUUGACAUGCGCGAUGUGCUGCGGGCAGAGUCGGGAAAGGACAAGAAGAAGCGAGGCAGACGAGGCAAGCGGUCCAAGGACAAGGCUGGAGAUGCGCAGCCGAGCGGCAAGGUGCAGAAGGACUUUGACCUGGACGUCGCAGAUGCCAGAUUCAAGAACGUCUUUGAGGAUCACAGGUACGCCUUGGACCCUAGUCAUCCCAGCUUCAUCAAGACCAAAGCCAUGGACAAGCUUUUGAAAGAGAGACGCAAGCGACGCGAGGAGGGUGAUGAAGCGCCACGUUUGGGGCAUUCAAACGGUAGCGCGCGCGCGAGGGAAGAUCAGCCUACCGAUGUGCGGGACUUGGUCAUGGGACUCAAGCGACGUGAUCAGGGGCCGGGCAAGGAGCAGGCGAGUCGCAAGAAACACAAGAGGUAG